AAACAAAAUAAUCCACCCAACCCAACUCGCCCAACCUUCUUCUCCCCCUCCCCGCCCUUUUGUCAUCCCCAAUCUUGACUCGAAGCACUACACCGUAAUUCUAGACACUCCUUUUGUUGAUUCCGCACUUCGACGACAAUAGUCACCACCCAUCUCCCCUAAUACAUAGCCGACAACAGCGACAGCUUGCCGGCACUUCACAAUGGCCUCGAUCAACCAGGACCCCAAGUACGACCACUACGACUUCCCCACCGUUUCCAACACCAACCAGAGCGGACACCCCGGCCAUACCACACCGGAGCAAGAUGCCCAAGUCCACCAGCUCCGCGCCACUCUCGAGCAGGCCGGCUACCAUGAGCGCCUCGACACCUUGACCAUGCUCCGUUUCCUCCGCGCCAGAAAGUUCAACGUCGACAUGGCCAAGGCUAUGUUCAUUGACUGCGAGAAGUGGAGAAAGGAGUUCGGCGGCGGUGUUGACAACCUGCUGCAGACUUUCGAGUACAAGGAGAAGGAGGAGGUCUUCAAGUACUACCCUCAAUACUACCACAAGACCGACAAGGACGGCCGUCCUCUUUACAUCGAGCAGCUCGGCAAGAUCAACCUCACCGCCAUGUACAAGAUCACUUCGGAAGAGCGCAUGUUGCAGAACCUGGUUGUCGAGUACGAAAAGGUUGCUGACCCUCGUCUGCCCGCCUGUUCGCGCAAGUCCGGUCACCUCCUCGAAACCUCCUGCACAAUCAUGGAUCUCAAGGGUGUCGGCCUCACCAACUUCAGCAGCGUUUACGGCUACGUACAAAAGGCUUCGGCUAUCUCGCAAAACCACUACCCCGAGCGCAUGGGUAAGCUCUACCUGAUCAACGCACCCUGGGGUUUCUCAUCCAUCUUCAGCAUGGUCAAGAAGUUCCUCGACCCUAUUACGGUUGCAAAGAUCCACGUCCUUGGCUCUGGCUACGAGAAGGAGCUGCUCGCUCAGAUCCCCAAGGAGAAUCUGCCCAAGCAAUUCGGUGGUUCCUGCCAGUGCUCAGGUGGCUGCGAACUGUCCGAUGCUGGCCCAUGGCAAGACGCCCAGUGGGUCAAGCCCGCUGCUUGGGAAAAGAAGGCCGGUGGCAGCAUCAUCGAGAACUCUGGUGCCUCCAUCAGCCACGGUCUUCCUGGCGAUUCUCCCGCUGGACUCACAGCCGGCACCGCUCCUCAAGGCCAAACUCACGGUGUCCCCGCCCCGCAAUAGUCUUGCAGAAAGGGUAUCAGGUCUAAAUAAAAUUACCUUUUCGUAUUGGUGCGAGUGUAUUCAUGUUUGGGAGUCCCUUUUGGAGACUUGCUUUGUUCAGAGAAGGGUGGUCCCCUGUUAAUUCAGAGAAUCCAAGAGGGAUGAAUACCAUUGGAAGAAGAAUUCGAGCGUAUACAGAAAUUCUUUCGAUAAACACAACAUUUCUCUCAUAGCAACCUUGUAUCGCGAUUGCCAUUAUGCACAAAUCCCGAGUCAACCUGG